AUGGCCCUCUUUCCUUCUUCCUUCCCCUUCCCUUCCCUUUCCCUUCCGCCCCGCGUGGUGAAUGUCUGUGUGUUCCUCUUGUGUCAUGGCGCUAGGAAUGCGUAUCUCCCUAGACAACUGCCGUAUCGCGUGCACGGCCGUGAAGCGAACGCAUCGGACAAGGACGAUGGAAGCAGUGCCGCAUCUGACCCGGUACCUAUAGAAUCGGAAUUUGUCAGUCGGCGGACCGUUAAGGCUGAAGCUGUAGUCGCAUCCACUCGGAGAUAUCGGAGGCGGCGCUUAAGCCUUGACGGUGUGGGGGUAACAAGUGGCGAGGCGGCGGAUAUGGAUGUCUCGAUCGAGACAGUGCUCGUCCAUGUACAUAUAUGGGUGUAUAUGAUAUAUGUGAAUGCGACGGUCAGCGGCCAGUGGUUAACGGUCAGCGGCCUCCUUGUGGGGAAAAUGCUGCUGCGGACAUCUAAGCCAGCGACGAUAAUGGAAAGAUCAGAAGCAAGGGAUGGACAUGAGAUACUCUAG